AAACAUAAUGAUGCACAGGUCCUAUUACUGUUUUUGCAGCUCUUCAGGGUCUAUAUAUUGAGCUGAUGAGAGGUGAAGAUCUUCCUGAUUCCUUCAUUUGGGAUCUGCUUUGCAGGUAGCUUAAAUUAUCCUGAUUUGGUGGUGAAGAUGCUUUUCUCCGAGGCCCAAUGUCUCAUCCUUCUUCUCGUUUUGAACUUCACUGAUGCCGGACGGAUUCUGAUGCAGAUGAAGCAGCGUGCGCGUGACGUGCAGCUGCAGAAAGCCAAGCAGCAGCUCCUGACGGUCGGUCUCCAACAUGUGAAGGAGGGCCGGAUUCACCAGCAGCUCGACCACUUCAACCGGCAGGACGACAACACCUUCUCUCAGAGGUUCUUUGUGAACGAGGCGUUCUGGCAGAGUCCUGAUGGUCCUGUCUGUUUUUUUCUUGAUUUGAUAAAUUGUACCUUGCUACACAUCUCCUCAGGGCACCAUGUCGACAUGGCUGCAGAGCACGGAGCUCUGCUAUUGGCCGUGGAGCAUCGCUUCUACGGUAUCAGCAUCCACCCUGACGGCCUCGAGACAGAGAACCUGGCUCACCUGAGCAGCCAGCAGGCGCUCGCUGACCUGGCUGUCUUCCACCAGUACAUCAGUCAGAGCUUCAGUCUGAGCCGCAGAAACAUCUGGAUCAGCUUCGGAGGCUCGUACUCUGGAGCUCUGUCCGCCUGGUUCAGAGGAAAGUUUCCUCACCUGGUGUUUGGAGCCGUGGCGUCUUCUGCUCCUGUCGAGGCCAAGUUGGACUUCUCUGCCUACAGCAAUGCGGUUGGAUUGAGUCUCAUGAAUGAAGCAGUUGGGGGCUCAGAAAAGUGUGUUUCUGCUGUGAGGGAAGCCUUCGGGGCUGUGGAGGCUCUGAUGUUCAGGAACGUCAGUCAGGUGGCCAAAGACUUCAGCUGCUGUCAGAUCCCCAAAGAUCAGCAGGAUCAGGUUGAGCUGAUGCAGAGUCUGGCUGACAUCGUCAUGGGAACAGUGCAGUACAAUGAAGAAUCAGUGCUCAUGUCUAUCAGUGAUCUGUGUGGAGUGAUGACCAAUCAGAGCGAAGCAUACGAGGAGGAGAGGGAGGCUUACCACCGCCUGGUUCAACUCUCACAGAUCUACCGUUCCAGCAGCGAGGAGCCGUGUCUGGACGUCUCUCAUGAGAAAACCGUGAAGGACCUGAUGGACACGACCGUCCAGUCAGAGAGGAGAACAGCGAGACAGUGGACCUACCAGACCUGCACCGAGUUUGGCUUCUAUCAGACCUGUGAGGAUGCCUCUUGUCCGUUCUCCGGGAUGGUGACCCUGAGGUCGCAGACUGAGAUCUGUCUCGAGCUGUUUGGCAUUACCCAGAAUUCCCUGCCCGGACACAUCGCCUUCACCAACACUUACUAUGGAGGAGACGACCCACACACACUCAGGGUGCUCUACGUCAACGGUGGGGUCGACCCGUGGAAGGAGCUGUCGGUGGUCGGGAACCGGACAGAUGGAGGAGAGGAAGCAGAGAGGGUGUUCAUUAAAGACAGCGCUCACUGUGCCGACAUGAUGAGAGGAAGAGCCACCGACCGCCGCUCUCUGAAGACAGCCAGACAGGAGAUUGAGAGACAUGUGAGGAGCUGGCUGAAGACGGCCCAACAGGAGGAGAAAAGGACAGAGUGAACAUAUUUUAUCAGAGUGAAUAAACAUCAACAUCACAUCAUCAUCAUCAUCAUCAUCAUCAUCAUCAUCAUCAUCAUCAUCAUCAUCAAAAACUAUCUGAGCACUGGCUUGAGUUUAUUAAACUUCAGAUGUGUUUUACUUUGUCCAUCAAUAUGAAUCUAUUAGUCCCUCUUUGUAAUGUGUAAAUGUCCAGCAGUGGCUCAGUCUGUAGGGACUGGGAGUAUGGACUGGUAAUUAGAGAGGUCCCAGUUCGCCACCUCCUGGGCACUGCCGUGGUGCCCUUGAGCAUGGAACCAGACAUAAUUCGGUAUUUGUUCAAACAUAAUAAAUAUACAAUACAUCAAAUGUUAUAAUCUGUGCAGCAGUGAAAAGUUAAAAACAAUGGAAGCGUCAUCAUCUCGUAUCGGCUAUGAAUACAAAACCAUUGAAAUAAUUUACACUUAUACAUGAUUAUACCAAAUGAUAUUGUAUAAAAUAAUAUUGUUUUAUAUUAUUUUAUUUUAUUCAUGUAUUAUAUUAUACUUUAUUAUAUUAUUGUCGUUAUCAUUAUAUGAUAUGACAUGAAUAAAGCAAUAAAUAGCACAAAUAAUAGCUUUAGAAGUAAGUUAGCAUAACUAUUUAUUAGUUAUAUAUUAAAUAUUAAUUAUAAAGUGUUUGAUGUGUUUAUAUACUUUUAUAAUAGCAGAAGAUAAUCCAUUAUUCUCCUUCUCCCUUGCUUUAUGAAAUUCUGAAUUGUAUGUGUAUGCAUAAUAUAAGAACACUGAUUUAUCAAAUGUUUUCCACAUAUUGGCUUUUGGUUUAUAUCUAUGAGCUGCCAUUACCCUGCAUAAUCACGGGGGGGCGAUAGUGCUACACAGGUGGUGCAGGACCCGUUUCUUGAUCCUCAUUCUCUGUGAAACACCGGGAUUAAAUCUCACUUUACACCGCUGUGUGUGUGUUGCUAUUUUUCUACUGUAAUAAAAAGGCAGCACAUUUUUAUCUUCUGAA